AUGAAGAAGAUGUGUGCUUUCACCAUUUCCUCCUUGCUCCUGAAGUUUUCUCUCAUCUUGUGCAGUUUUACUGAACCCAGUUGCUUUUGGCGGAUACAGAAUAAUGAAGAUAAUGAUGGAGAUUUACGAAGUGACUGUGGUUUUGUUCUUAUCACAUAUGAGGGACCUAUAGAAGAAAAUUUUUAUAAUAAUGUUAUCAAUUUUAGAAUACCAGCAAGAAGAUAUGAGGUCUUUUUGGUGCUGUUAUUUGCUACUGAUGAGAUCAACAGGAAUCCUUAUCUUUUACCAAACAUGUCUUUUAUGUUCUCCCGCAUUGUUGGCAUGUGUGAAGAUACAUUGGGAUCUCUGGAAAGAAAAUAUACACCACAAAGUAAUUCUUGGAAAUUUAUUAAUUAUAACUGUGGAAUACAGGAAGUAUGUGAUGUACAACUUACAGGACCAUCAUGGACAACAUCCUUGAAACUGGCAAUUAAUUCUAGGAAUCCAAAGGUUUUCUUUGGACCAUUUAAUCCUAACCUGAGUGACCAUGACCAGUUUCCCUAUGUCUAUCAGGUAGCAACCGAGGACACAUGUUUGUCCCAUGCUAUGGUGUCCUUGAUGCUUCAUUUUAGGUGGACUUGGAUAGGACUGGUCAUAACAGAUGAUGACCAGGGAAUUCAGUUACUCACAGACUUGAGAGAAGAAAUGGAAAGACAUGGAAUGUGUUUAGCUUUUGUGAAUAUGAUCCCAGAAACCAUGCAGAUAUACAUGACAAAAGCUAAGAUAUAUGACAAUCAAAUUAUGACAUCAUCAGCCAAGGUUGUUAUCAUUUAUGGUGAAAUGAACUCUACUCUAGAAGUCAGUUUUAGAAGAUGGGCAUAUUUAGCUGCACAGAGAAUCUGGAUCACAACCUCACAAUGGGAUGUCAUCACAACUAGAAAAGAUUUCAGCCUUGAUUUCUUCCAUGGGACUUUCACUUUUGCACACCACAAUGUUGAACUUCCUAAAUUUAGGCAUUUUAUGCAGACAAUGAACACUUCCAAAUACCCAGUAGACAUUUCUCAGUCUAUGCUGGGGUGGAAUUAUUUUAAUUGUUCAAUCUCUAAGAACAGCAUUAGCAAAAUAGAUCAUUUUACAUUAAACAACACAUUGGAAUGGUUAGCACAGCACAAAUUUGACAUGUUCCUGAGUGAAGAAGGUUACAAUUUGUAUAAUGCUGUGUACGCUGUGGCCCACACCUACCAUGAACUCAUUUUACAAGUAGAGUCUCAGAAAAUGGCAGAACCCAAAGGAUUAUUCACUGACUGUCAGCAGGUGGCUUUGUUAUUGAAAACCAGGGCAUUUACUACCCCUGUUGGAGAACUGGUGAACAUGAAUCAUAGGGAAAAUCAGUGUGCCAAGUAUGACAUUUCCAUCGCUUGGAAUUUUCCUCAAGGCCUUGGAUUAAAAGUGAAAAUAGGAAGCUAUUUCCCUUGUUUUCCACAGAGCCAACAACUUCAUAUAUCUGAAGACUUGGAGUGGGCCACAGGAGGAACACAUCCUCAGAUUCCCACAUCCAUGUGUAGUGUGGCAUGCAUUGCUGGAUUCAGGAAAAUUCAUCAGAAACAAGUAACACACUGUUGCUUUGACUGUGCCCAUUGCCCAGAAAAUGAGGUUUCCAAUGAGACAGAUAUGGAGCAGUGUGUGAGGUGUCCAGAUGAUAAGUAUGCCAACUUAGAGCAAACCUACUGCCUCCAAAGAGUUGUGUCAUUUCUGGCUUAUGAAGAUCCACUGGGGAUGGCCCUAGGCUGCACAGCUCUGUGCUUCUCUACCCUCACAGUUCUAAUACUCUUCACCUUUUUAAAGUACAAGGAUACUCCUAUUGUAAAGGCCAAUAACUGCCUUCUCAGCUACAUCCUGCUCAUCUCUCUAAUCUUCUGUUUUCUCUGCUCUUUGCUCUUCAUUGGACACCCCAACCAUAUCACCUGCAUCCUGCAGCAAACCACAUUUGGAGUAUUUUUCACAGUGGCUAUUUCAACUGUGUUGGCCAAAACAAUAACUGUGGUCAUGGCUUUCAAGAUCAGUACUCCAGGAAAUAGGAUGAAAGGAAUGCUGACCUCAGGGGCACCUAACUUGGUCAUUCCCAUUUGUACCCUAAUCCAACUUGUUCUCUGUGGAAUCUGGUUGGGAACAUCUCCUCCCUUUAUUGACCGAGAUAUACAAUCUGAACCUGGCAAGACCAUCGUUAUUUGCAACAAAGGGUCUAUCUUUGCCUUCCACUUUACCUUGGGAUACUUGGACUCUUUGACUCUGAUGAGCUUUGCUGUGGCAUUCUUGGCUAGGAACCUUCCUGACAGAUUCAAUGAAGCCAAGUUUCUAACUUUCAGCAUGCUGGUGUUCUGUAGUGUGUGGAUCACCUUCCUCCCUGUCUAUCACAGCACAAAGGGAAAAGUCAUGGUGGUCGUGGAGGUCUUUUCCAUCUUGGCUUCUAGUGCAGGAUUGCUAGGGUGUAUCUUUGUGCCAAAGUGUUAUGUUAUUUUAGUUAGAACAGAUUCAAAUUUUCUUCAAAAAUACAAAGAUAAAUUUCAUUAUUGA